UUAAUUUUCCUUGUGGCUUUUGUUGUCUUCUUGAAUUAAGCUUACAUUUCAACACAACCAUGAUUGCGAACAAGAGUGGUCCAUGCUCACAUUAAUAAGAUCCUUAUGUUUAGAUAUUAAUAAAGUAUCACACCAUGUGAAAAUUUUAUUAAUAAUAACUAGUAUUAUAAGUCAUCAAUAUUCAAUAAGGUGGAUAAAUGAAAGAAAUACAUAAUAAAGUAUCACUCCAUGUGAAAAUUUUAUUAAUAACAACUAAUAUUAUAAGUCAUCACUAAGGUGGAUAUAAAAUGAAACCUCAUAUGUAAAAUGAAAGAAAUACAAACGUGACAUAGAAGGAAACGAUCAUGGAAUCGAAGGGAACAACAAUUUUUGGAGUUUCACUUCCGGUUCCAAACGUACAAGAACUCGCUAAGGAACCACUCGACAGGGUUCCACCUCGGUAUACUCGCCCCGAUCAAGACUCUCCGAUCAUAUCAUCCACGACGUCUUCAAGGCCUCAACUACCCAUCAUUGAUAUGGAACGCUUAUUGUCUAAAGAUUAUGGUCAUUCGGAAAUCGAAAAACUACACCUCGCUUGUAGAGAUUGGGGCUUCUUUCAGUUGAUAAAUCAUGAGGUGAGUUGUGAAUUAGUGGAGAAAGUAAAGGAAGAAACAGGAGAAUUCUUUAUGUUGCCAUUAGAGGAGAAAAAGAAGUAUGCACAAAAGUUGGGAGAUGCUGAAGGAUUUGGACAAGCUUUUGUUAUCUCGGAAGAGCAGAAGCUUGAUUGGUGUGACAUGUUUCGUAUGAUUACACUGCCUCAUGAUCUUAGAAAGCCUCAUUUGUUACCUAAACUACCUCAUGCAUUCAGAGAUGCCAUAGAAGAAUACUCAAAGGAAGUUGAAAAGGUUGCAUUGAAAACUCUAAUGUUCAUGGCAAAAGCUUUGAAGAUGGAUGAUGAAGAGAUGAAAGCACUAUUCUCCGAUGGACUCCAAUAUAUGAGGAUGAAUUACUAUCCACCAUGUCCACAACCCGAACAAGUCAUCGGCAUUUCGCCGCACGUGGACGGUAGCGGGAUCACUUUCCUUCUUCAAGUAGAUCAAGUAGAAGGUCUCCAAAUAAAGAAAGAUGACACUUGGAUCUCCGUUAUACCUCAUCCCAAAGCUUUCAUUGUUAAUAUUGGUGACAUCUUACAAAUCAUAUCCAAUGGAGAAUAUAAAAGCAUUGAGCAUCGAGUAGUUGUGAAUGCAGAGAAAGAAAGAAUAUCCAUCGGCACAUUUAUAAACCCGAAUUUGGGUGUAGAGAUAGGACCCGCGCUAAGCCUCGUUACUCCUGAAGCACCAGCAAGAUUUACUAGGAUAGCUUUUGCGGAUUUCUUGAAAAACUUCUAUGCCCGAAAACUUAACAGCAAAAGCAACAUUGAGCAAUACUAUAUAUGAUUAUAUGAUCACUGCCAGAUGAACCAUGCAAUAUACUAUGAGCUGUGUAAUAUAUUGAAAACAUAGUGUUGUGUUUAGAUCUAUGAUAAAUUUCGCCCUUGUUUCUGUACUAUUUAGUUAUAUAUGGGAGUCAACAAGGAGUUUCGUAGUUCACCCUU